CCAUCACAGCAGCGCUGCGCGUGUCAGGUGAAGUUUAUCCCUCCGUUGCUUCCGUUCUCGCUGACAGCAGCAGCAGCGGUAAAGAUGGACAGAGACUCUACGGUCCGCAGAAUCAGAGCCCAACAGUACCAGAACCAGCAGCAGAUCCAGCUGGACUUUCGCGAUGAAGCGGCCGCGCUGAACGGGCUCCGCAAGCGCAAGCUCAAGCCGGAAGUGAGCGGGCUGCUGGGCGAGAGUUCCGCUGUGCUGCUGCUGCUGGGGUUCGUGAUUCUGCUGUGGGUUCUGGUUCUGCUCUCACUGCAGCAGCUCAUCAUCAGCAGCCCAGGACACUUCAACGCGCUGCGGGCCAGGAAGCAUCUGGAGCAGAUCACGAGCGUCGGGCCGCGGACCGUCGGAAGUCCAGAGAACGAGAUCAAGACUGUGAACUACCUGCUGGACCAGAUCGAGCAGAUCCGGACUGAGAGCCGAACCGGUCCUCACUCCAUCACUGUGGACGUCCAGCGGCCCACCGGAUCCUUCAGCAUCGACUUCCUCGGCGGAUUCACCAGCUAUUACGACCGUGUGACCAACAUCGCGGUCAAACUCGAGCCGAAGACAACCGCGCAGCACUUCAUGCUCGCUAACUGCCACUUUGAUUCAGUGGCCAACAGCCCGGGAGCCAGCGAUGACGCCGUCAGCUGCUCUGUGAUGUUGGAGGUUUUACAUUCUCUGGCGAAUCUCUCCACGCCGCUCACACACGGCGUCAUCUUCCUGUUUAACGGAGCCGAGGAGAACAUCCUGCAGGCCAGUCACGGCUUUAUUACCCAGCAUGCCUGGGCUCAGCAGGUGCGAGCGUUCAUUAACCUGGAGGCAGCAGGAGUGGGCGGGAAAGAGGUGGUGUUUCAGACAGGUCCGGAGAACCCGUGGCUGGUGCAGGCGUAUGUCCGCGCUGCUGUCCAUCCGUUCGCUUCAGUCGUGGGUCAGGAGGUUUUCCAGAGCGGCGUUAUUCCCUCAGACACAGACUUCCGCAUCUACAGGGACUUUGGAAAUAUUCCUGGGAUUGAUCUGGCGUUCAUAGAGAACGGUUUCAUCUAUCACACUAAAUAUGACACUCCGGAGCGAAUCCACACCGACUCCAUCCAGAGAGCAGGUGACAACAUCCUGUCUGUGCUCACACACCUGCUGAUGUCAGAGCAGCUGGCUGACUCAUCAGCGUAUCGCCACGGUAACAUGGUGUUCUUUGAUCUGCUGGGCGUUACCGUGGUAGCGUAUCCCGCUCGUGUCGGCACCAUCAUCAACUUACUGGCCGCCGUUGCCACGGUGAUCUACCUGGGCAAGAAGUACAUGAUAAGUAGCAAUGCAGGCGGCCGGUACCUGCGUGAUCUGGCGUGUGCGGUGUGUGUGUGUGUGUUGAGCUGGUUCGUGACUCUGCUGACGGUUCUGAUCGUGGCUCUGCUGGUCACUCUCGCCGGUCGCUCCAUGUUCUGGUACACACACUUCUACGCCGCUGUGUGUUUGUACGGAUCCGCCGCCACCGGAAAGAUCCUGCUGAUCCACACACUCGCCAAGAACCUGUACUAUGGGGGUGUGAGCGGCGUGGAUCUGUCGGAGCGCUUCUUUGACGUCAGUCUGCUGUUGUGGUGCAGUGCGCUGCUCUUCCUCACUCAGCGAGGCUUGUGUUCGGCGUAUGUGCCCAUGAUGAUGGUCGUCUUCCCUCUCGCCAGCAAACUGCUGCUCACCAAACACUUCAGAGCCAGAGGAGCAUCUCUGCAGUACUCUGUCCUGUAUCUGAUGGGUCUCGCCGUGCCAUAUGUCCACAUCAUGUUCCUCAUCUGGGUGGUGUUUGAGAUCUUCACACCCAUCCUGGGCCGCAGCGGAACCGAGAUCCCGCCUGAUGUUGUUCUGGCCUCACUCAUCACCCUCGCAACUGUCACUCUGUCUUCAUACUUUAUGCAUUUCAUCUAUCUGAGCCGCAGCACGAAGCGGAUCUUGGCUGGUCUGGGAUCAGUGUUUACGCUGAUGUUUGUUCUGGUCUGCUGUGGUCUGUUCUUCCCGUAUUCUGCUGACCCGUCCAGCCCGCGACCCAAACGCGUGUUUGUCCAGCACAGCACACGCGUGUUUCACGCUCCGGACGGCUCGGUCGAGCGCUCCGACUCCGGUUUGUGGAUCAACAGUCUGGAUUACAGCGGCAUGCAGCACAUCACGCCUCUCAUCCCGCAGAUCAACGACAGCAUCCGCUCGCGCUGCUCCGAGCAGCUGCCCUACUGCGGCUUCCCAUGGUUCCUUCCGGUCAAGUUCCUGGUCAAGAAGAACUGGUAUCUUCCUGCUCCUCCAGUCUCUCCUCAAGCUCCGCUGGAGUUCCAGCUCUUAUCCAGACAGGAGAACGAGUGGGGAAGCGUUAGAAUGAGCUUCCAGGCCAAAGGUCCGAGUCACAUGUCUCUGUAUGUGCGUCCUGAGGCUGGAGCGUCUCUGAUUGGCUGGUCGUUUGGUGACGGGACACCACGCUUCGAUCUGAGCGGAGAGUACUUCAUCUUCUACUCUCACGGCCUCGACGCUCCGGCCUGGAGCUUCUGGUUCGAGAUCCAGCGGUCCUCAGACGCGUCUCCAGACGAGGAUCUGAUCUCUAUGGCCGUCUCCUCUCAUUACUUCUCCGGUCCGGACCGCCGCUCCGAGCCGCUGGAGGCUUUACUCAAGAGAUUCCCGGCCUGGGCCUUUCCUUCAUCCUGGGUCAGCACUUAUCACAUGUACAGAUACUGAGAGACACGAGCGGACCCCUGACACACACACACACACACACACUCUCACUCACUCACUCACUCACUCACUCACACACACACACACACACACACACACACACACACACACUCACUCACUCAGUCACGCACACACACAAUCAACUCCACACCAACUUCUUCAUUCACAAACCAACUGACAGUGGUUAUUUUAUUAUUAUUUAUUUUAUUUUAUUUAUUUUUUCAUUUCAUUAUUGUUUUAUUUUUUCAUUUAAUUUCUUACUUAUUUUAUUAUGUUUCAUUUUUAUUUCUUUAUAUUUUAUUUUAUUUUUAUUUGUCUGGGUCUUAUUUCAACACAAAAAGAAAAAAAGUGUUAAAUUACAUUUUGGAUUAAGAAAAUUAAGCCUUAGAAUCAGAUUUUACAUUAUGCCAUUAUUUUUUAUGACAAUUAAACACAUUUCACCCUAAAUUCUCAUGUGGCAUUUUAUUUGAAUUAUGUACUUAUUUUAGAAUCAUCAUUGUUUUAAUAAGACAAUGAGAUACAAUGAUUAAUUGAAUUUCUUCCCCCCAAAUAUUAUUUAAUUUACUUUUGGUUUGUUUUUGUAAUUCUCAUUCUUGUUUUUCAUUUCUGAUUCUUACUAAUGAAAUACUGUCUUUUAAUAUAUUUAAAAAUAAUAAAAUAAUGAAAUGUAUUUUAUUGCUAAAAAUCAGAAAGAAUGAGAAUUACGAAAAUGUAAAUUAAUAUUUCUAUUAAUAUAAUGAUUCUUUUUUUUUUUGUACUUAUUUUUUUUACACAAGCAAUGUGAAUUGAGUAUUGUGUUUAAUUGUCAUGAAAAUAAUGCAAAAUCUGAAAGGUUUUGAUUUUGUUGUGAAGUGUGAGAUCUGGACUGAUAUCGGCGUCUUAGACGGAGAGAUUCUGCUUCACAGCGACAGACUUGGUGCUUUCAGAUGACCGAGAUCACGUCAUGCUCAUGCGCUGGUGAUGUCAUUUCCUGUCCGUGAUCUUGUGUCGAUGGCCGUUCUGACAUGAUGUGAAUGCAGCAUUAACAAAAUGACCAAUGCCAAUUUCAAGCUGUUUAUACCUCGUUCUCUCUGUUUUAUGCAACUGUUUUCAGAUUGAGUUCUGAUCACUCAGCUACAGAAGCAUGGUAUAAUCGCAGUAAACAAUCGUCAAUGUGCUCAAAGUCCAGCUGCUUGUUUGCUUAUUCAUGUUUGUAUUAUUGCGUGAGUGAAUACGGUUUAAAUGUUCUUCUGGACUGAACUGGAUUUGAAGCCUUAAAAAUGAAUAUUAUUACUACAGUAAAAAGAUGUUAAUUCUUGUAGAUCUCAUGUAAAAUUUGAGCUUCAGAAUCUUUGUCCUUUUAUGAUAUGAUGGUUGGAUAAAGACAUUGCUUUUUUUUCUCUUUUUCUGUGCAUUUCUGUUUUGUUGAGGUUGAGAUCCAUAAACUAAUUCAAACUUAAGAACUGAUGAAUGUUUCUCCGUCCCAGAUUUCAGAUGAAUGUGGAAAUAUGACUGUUAAUGAAUGUUUAAUUACUCUGCGUUAGUCUUUUUGUUUUGUAAUGAAAGUCGACAUGCGUUUGGGAGAAUGUUCAAUGAGCAUUAUUUAUGAACGACAGGCUGAUCUUUAUUUCACAAUAACCUGUCGUCGUUACGCUGUUACUAACUUCACUGACAGCUGCAUGUCUGACUUGAGCAAACAAAAGCAAUGAGACAGAAAAUCUGCACAUCACUGUAAAAUACAGUCAUAAUAACUGUGAUCACGUGACAAAUCUGUAAAUAUUUUUGAUAACAUUUCUCAAACUAGUCAUAUUCCGAAAUGUUUUGUGACACAAACUGAAUGAAACUCAUUUCUUGUCACAUAAGAAUCACUUGAUUGAUUGUUCAUUAAUGUCUUUUAGAGGUUGAUUUAAUUGUUUGUGUAAUUUUAAGUCUUGUUCAUGUUUAUGUCAUUUGCUGUACUGAAUUGUUCUUCUGAGAUGAAUCAUCUUUCUAUUACAAAAAUCACUUUUGCUCUCC